AUGCUCCCUGCUUUCUUUUUUUGGGUUACGGUCAUCUUUGGCCAACCAAAUAAUAUGCGCGAGAGUGUAGACUCUUCGAUGCAUAGACGAGAUGAUUCUCAGGUAGAGAAAAGAGGCUUUGCCCUUGGUUCACCUUCAAAGUAUAUCCCGACUUACGGCAGUUUGGACACCGAUGUCUUUGAAAUUCCCCCGUAUAUGUUUACGAAUGAAGGCGAAAACGUCACUAGGCCGGCCAUGGACAUGCCAAAAGACGAUGACACUUAUGUGAAUGUGACUGUGAACGGUUCUCAGUUUGGAGAGGAUCCGGCGUGGCUCAACGGAUUCCAACUCGAAAACUUUUCUGUUGACCCACGUGCAUUCAAUCCAUAUUACAUCCUAGCCGGACUCUGCCUUCUGGGUAACGAGAGUGUUAUUUCAACGAAUCUGAAAGUCUCUGUUUUAGAUUCCUUGUUCGAUUCUGGCUACAUUGACACUAGGUCGUUUUCGUAUUCCGUCCAUAAUGCCACGGAUAUCUUAUUCGGCCAAGUUGACCACGGCAAAUACGAGCAGCCUUUGGUGAAGUUCAAGCAUUAUAGUGAAGCCUCUCAGGAUAGUGGUGGAUUAAUUCAUCCAACAUUGCUCAUGGACGGAAUUUCAGGCACGAAUUUCCUGGUUUACAACCCAAUCCCAGUGCAGAUGACUGAUCAGUUGUGGCAGUUACCAUAUCAGUACACUGAGCCAUUGUACGACCACUUUCGUAAAAAUUAUGACAUGGAUUAUGAUGGCUUUUUACCUUGUCUGGCAAAGAAUCUGACUGAGUACAUUUCAUUCUAUUUCAGCGGAGAAGAGUUUCGGGUACCAGUGCCGUAUCUCAUUGGGCAACGCAAUUCCUCUAACGCAUCUACUACAUGCUAUCUCAUUAUUCAUGACACAUAUUCCGAGGAGUACCAAGUCGGCUGGUCACUUUUCUAUGAUAAGUAUGUCGUGGUGGAUUACGACAACGAGGAAAUCGCUUUUGCUCGUAAUGUUUCCGAAUCCAAACCAGAAACGAUCCAAAACAUCUCAACGGGCAUUCCUCUGGCCCGUGCGGCAAAGUACUUCUACUACUCCUCAUUGAAAGAGAAAACUGUAACUCGAAGUGGUCGAACUUAUGUGUCAACAUCACUCCAUCCAACAUACUCCAUGUAUACGGGCGACCACUUUGAUAUCAGUUCUACCAGGUCAUCACAGUCUCGAAGAACAGCAUAUUCGACUAGGUCAACUUCUGACUCAACUGACUCAACUGACUCAACUGACUCAACUGACUCAACUGACUCAACUGAAUCAACUGAAUCAACAACUGACUCAACAACUGAUUCAAUAACUGACUCAACAGACUUAACAACUGAUUCAAUAACUGACUCAGUAGCGUCGGACUCCGCUGGUUCUGUUACUUUCGCUCCCACGGGAUCUGCAGAAUCAACCAGCAGCUCAACAAGUUCCUCUUCUAGUGCAGGAGGAAACUAUCACAAAGCAGCCGGACUUUCUUUUCUUGCCUUAUUACUCAGUGCCUUACCAAUCCUUUAA